AGAUCGGCAAUUUUAUUCCUUUUUUCUCGUUUGGGAUUUUAAGGUUAUGUUCUGCUAGUCGAGCUCGAAGGAAUCCAUGAUUUAGCGAGCAAAAACCCUAACUGCUUGGGAAUACUGGAUAUGUGCUAGCUCGUGAUAGAAUUUGUUAAGGGAUACCCUGUGUCUUUAUUGAAAGUUUUGUUGAGAUGGAUCAAGCCGAGUUGACUACGGAGAAGGUUCUAACAAGGGACAUUCCAUGGGAAACUUACAUGGCAACCAAAUUGAUUAGUGGAACAUCUCUUCAGUUGUUGAGAAGAUAUGAGAAGAGGUCUGAGAGCUAUUGUGCACAGUUGCUUGAUGAUGAUGGACCAGCCUAUGUAAGGGUAUUUGUUAGCAUUUUGCGCGACAUCACCAAGGAGGAAACAGUAGAAUAUGUCCUUGCUCUUAUUGAUGAAAUGUUGACAGCUAAUCCUAAACGUGCAAGGCUUUUUCAUGAUCCUUCCCUUGCAAAUGAGGAUAUUUACGAGCCUUUCUUAAGGUUGCUUUGGAAAGGAAACUGGUUUAUACAAGAGAAAAGCUGCAAAAUACUGGCUUUAAUAAUAUGUGCCAGGCCAAAGUCCCAAGGUAUUCUUCCAAAUGGAGAAUCCUCAAAAAAAAAGUUCACUACAAUUGAUGAUGUACUGAAGGGCUUAGUAGAGUGGCUCUGUGCUCAGUUGAAGAAACCUUCUCAUCCCAAUCGCGGGGUUCCAACAGCUGUCAGUUGCCUUGCAACUUUGCUCAGGGAACCCUUAGUUAGAUCGUCGUUUGUAAAAGCAGAUGGUGUGAAAUUACUCGCUCCUUUGAUUUCUCCUGCAUCAACCCAGCAAUCUAUCCAGCUGCUCUACGAGACAUGCCUUUGUAUAUGGCUGUUGUCAUACUUUGAGCCGGCUGUGGAAUAUCUGGCCACCACUCGUACCCUGCCACGCUUAAUAGAAGUUGUCAAAACUUCCACUAAGGAGAAGGUUGUCAGGGUUGUUGUCUUAACCCUCAAAAACUUGCUUCCAAAGGGGACAUUUGGGGCACAAAUGGUUGAUCUUGGUCUUCCCCAAAUAGUUCAGAUAUUGAAAGCGCAAGCAUGGAGUGAUGAGGAUCUUUUGGAUGCCCUUAAUCAACUAGAGGAGGGGUUGAAAGAUAAUAUCAAGAAAAUGAGCUCUUUUGACAAGUACAAACAGGAAGUACUUCUCGGCCAUCUUGACUGGUCACCAAUGCACAGAGACCCAGUAUUUUGGCGUGAGAAUAUUAAAAACUUUGAGGAGAAUGAUUUUCAGAUUGUUCGUGUGUUGCUUACAAUUCUUGACACAUCUACUGACCCAAGGGCACUAGCUGUCGCCUGUUAUGACUUGUCUCAAUUCAUUCAAUACCAUCCAGCUGGAAGGGGCAUACUCUCGGACCUAAAGGCAAAGGACCGCGUCAUGAAGCUUAUGAACCAUGAGAACCCUGAGGUAACAAAGAAUGCUCUUCUGUGCAUUCAAAGGCUCUUCCUCGGGGCUAAGUAUGCAAGCUUUUUGCAGGCUUGAUUGUGUUUUUUCUAGUAAUAUGUAAGCUUUUUGCAUUCAUCAUGUUGUGUCUUUGAUAAUAUCUGGUUUUGGUUCCAUAUAUAAAUAUAACUUCGUAAGUUAUUUGUUUUUUUUAAAACUGCCAUGGAUGUGCCUAUUUUUUCAAUGGCUUUUUUGAACGUGCUCUGGAAGGGCAAGCUCAGCCCUGUAGAACACAAUUUGUUGUCCCUAAAACCAUGGAAUAAAAUGUGCGUCAUUUAUUUUGUUGCAAAAACU